AUGGCCUGCCCACCAGAGUUGGUGUCGGAUGAUCGUGGGCUUGAUGCUAGUGCUGUUAGCUGCUUCAAGGAUGCUGAUGUCAGUGCACCUGUUUUCCCAGCUAAUGCAGAGAAUCCAUCUCAAACAGCAUUGAUGGCACUUCCCAAGGGUCCUGAGAUAGCACCUACACGUAGUCCAAGUUUCAAAGCCAUAUGGAGGUGUCAGACGGAUGCUUAUACACAAAGAUCUCGGUAUCAGCACGGAUGUCACAGUCAUCCAAAGCCGGUUGAGGUUGAAAGGUUCUCCAUCCAUCCUAUAGGCAAUGUCCACACCACAGGGAAGUUUGUUUUUGACCAAAUGAAGAAUGGUGGUGAUGAAGAUGGAGAAAAGGACCGUUGUGAUGUCAGUCUGCCUGAGAUUGGCAAGGAUUUUAUCUUUGUCCCAGAUUUUCAGAAACAGUUUAUGCAGAUGGCAGACCAGCGGUUAGAUCUAUGCAAGCUCAAUCCAACAGACAGUGAUACAAUACGAGGGCAAAUAGUAGUAAGUUUACAAACACGAGAUCGAAUAGGAACUGGUGGUCCUGUUGUCGAUUGCAGAGGAAUAUUGGAUAAUGAUCUACCUGAGGGGCCACUUUUUGAGGAUGCUGGACCCGGAAGGCCGCUGAGCUGUAUUAUGGAAGACACGGUACCUUUUGCAGACAUAAGUGGUGCUGCUGGCGGAGGGAACUGCCAAUUGAUAGAGUCUCCAAACCAGGAACAGAGACUGCAGACACAGCGAAUCCGAAAUUUUGGGGUUCGAGUUCAAACGCACAUGCCACAAAGUCGGCCUCAUGGCCAUCAGUCACCUGUAUUGCCAGAGGGAUACGAGCAGAGAACAACUGUACAGGGACAGAUCUAUUUCUUGCACACACAGACUGGAGUCAGCACUUGGCAUGAUCCUCGAAUUCCAAGGGACCUUACAAAUUUUAACUAUGAUGAGCUUGGUCCUUUGCCUUCUGGGUGGGAAGUCAGAAGUACUGUGUCAGGAAGAAUAUAUUUUGUGGAUCACAACAACAGAACUACACAGUUUACAGAUCCCAGACUGCACCAUAUAAUGAACAACCCAUCUCAAUUGAAGGAAUCAAACCAGCCAUUGCCAGUGCAGACAGAGACACCUGUGGAAGAAGGAGAAGGAGAGUGGUCUGUCCCACGAUGCGAGCGAGAUCUGGUGCAGAAGUUGAAAGUUCUGAGGCAUGAGCUUGCUUUGCAACAACCGCAAGCCGGGCAUUGCCGCAUUGAAGUCUCCAGAGAUGAAAUCUUUGAGGAAUCAUAUCGACAAGUGAUGAAAAUGAGGCCAAAGGAUUUAAAGAAGCGUUUAAUGGUCAAAUUUAGAAGUGAAGAAGGGUUGGAUUAUGGUGGAGUCGCUAGGUGA